UUGGCCUUCCAGGUUUAGACGUCAUCGGCUACAUCCUGAUGGUAUUUGCCAGCGGCUUCUGGACACUGAAACCAAGCAGUGACCAAUUCCAGUUAACGUCAAUAGGCAGUUGUCUCACGGAGAUACGACUUUCAAUCUACACUCUAAAGCCUGAGGUAGCCAUCAGCGCGUCACAUUGUGCUCUUACAUGUGAAAGUCACAAUGGCUGUUCUCAAUUCUUGUAUUGUGAACAUUCGGGUAAAAAUUGCUUCCCCAUCAGAGCUCUGGGUGUGUUGGAUUCUGACAGGCGAAAGUAUUGCUUUUGUUAUGUCAAGUUAAACCCUAAAUGUGAAAAUGGCGGAGAAUGGAAGAGUGACAAGUGUGAAUGUAUACCGGGAUUUCAUGGGAACAGGUGUGAGUUCAUCGCUGGAGGUUGCAGUCAAGCUAUGAGCCAUGGUAACCACAGAAACGGAGCAUAUUUGGUCAAACCUAAACACGCCAUCGGCACAUUUCCAGUCCUCUGUGAGAAAGUUGGGAGCAAUUUCUACACUUUCAUUCAGCGCCGAGUGAGCGGCAAGACGAAUUUCGAUCUCAGUUGGAAAUCUUACAACAAAGGUUUCGGAUCUGUCAAAUGGAACUUCUGGCUAGGCUUUGAUCAGAUUUUGUCGUUGAUGGAAAAUCAGACUGUCGAGCUUGAGAUCGGGCUUACGUGUGACCUUGACACCAAGGGAUCUUUUACCCUGGAGACUUUUCAGUUAGAUGACUUUUCCCUUGCUGGAGAAGACCAUCAGUACCAAAUCCAACUACCGAAUCAAGGCACCACGCAAGGUUCUCAGAGUGAAGAAGAAAUCCACAACUCUCUGUUGUCUCUGGCUGGCCAGCCGUUCAGCACGUAUGACCAUGACUCGAGCAGCCCUAACUGCAGGAACACAACCAGCGGUGGAUGGUGGUUCGGCACGCAGUGCGCCUUCGGCAACCUUAACGCACCGUUCACAGACUACGGACUUGAUGCCAAUAACAAAAGCAUUCUGUGGAUAACAUGGCGCUCUGCGGGCUUCGAAAUCAACAUCAAAGAAACUUAUAUGAAAAUCAAAACCUAACUGACGUGUUUCUGUACCGUUUGCCUUUCUGAACUGCAUAUUGUUCCAAAGCGAUCCACGCAGUUUGCUGGGAAAAAACAGAUGUCGGCUGUAUAAACGUAAGGAUUAGACUAAAUGCAAUUUUAAUUGUCACGUCUGAUUACUAAAUACGGAACCUUCUUGGCGUGUGAACUAAAGUUUACGAUGUGUUCAAUUGUUUAUGUAUCCAGUGGUUUUAACGAUUGGUCUGCAUGUUCUGCGCUGAGGCUUGGACGGGUUUAAACCCUAAAAUUAUACUCGAUGUAAAAUCGAAAUUGAUGUUCUUU